AUGGAGGCCGCCAAGCAGGACCAGGAAGCCGCGAUGAAGGCGCAGUUUGAUAUGGCCGCGCUCCUCAGCAGCCAGCGCGAGAAGUACGAAGACACCAUCAACAAGCUCUGCCACGAGCUGGGCGAAACCAGAGUCAAGCUGCAGCUGAGCGAGGAGCAGCGUCAGGCGCACGAGCAGCAGCAACAAGUGGCCGCGCCCGACGUCCAGCCGGAGGCCCCUCAGCUUCCGCCUCCCUCGAGCGAUGAGCUCUCACAGGAAGCAGCCCGACAGAUAAGAGAGAAGUGCGAAGCAGAGUUUUUGCAGAGCCUGCAAUUGCUCGAGGCAGACUGGAACGCCGUGCAGGUCGACAUGGAACGACGGUUGGAAGAGGUGGAGCAGCAGGAGCUAUCGGCGCGGUGCGCCCAGGAGGAGGCGGCUUCGCUGCUGUCGGCACAGCAGGAAAAGCACGACGCCGAGACGGCACGGCUGCAAGAGGAGUUAGCCCAGGCGUUGGCCAGUCUGCGGCAAAUGGAGGAGCAGGAGCGGGCCAACCGGGCGCAGACUCAGUCCAACUUUGAAGAUCAAAUGCGCGAGAUGCAGGUCGAGUACGAGAAGAGAACUUCUGAGCGAGAGGCCGAGUGGUCUGCUAAGUUCGACAGGCUGCGAGAGCAAAUGGAGAUUGAGGGGCAGGAGUGCCUGGAGGAGCAGGCUCGAUCACACGCCACGACCCUACAAGAGAAGGAAGCGCUGUGGACCGGCAAGGUCGAAACACUGCAGCAGGAGCUCGAGCUCGCCAAGCAGGCCGAGCAGGAGGCCUUCACCGCACAGCGCGAGAUCGCCACCCUCCUUGACCAGGGCCAGCAGAAGCACGAGCUCGAGCUGGCACAACUGUCCGCCAAGUGCGAGGCGCUGCGCCAAGAGUUGGAGGCCGCGCAGCAGGCUCGCCAGUCGGAGGCGGAAACCAAGCACGAGCUCCUGGUCAACGAACUGCGUGAGGCGCUGGCGGCCGAGAGGGAGGAGAGGCGGAAGGAGGCCGAGCGCGCCCGACUCGUCGAGGCCGACGUGGGCCGCUGCCUGACGCGGCUCUCGGACGAGCUCGCCAAGAAGCGCGAGCUGCGCGUGCAGGAGCGCGAGCGCUUCCCGCGCACGUUCGGCGACAAGAGCAUGUGA